GGCGAGUCUGCACAGUGAGCCCAGGACCACCGAGGCCAUUUUAUUAUUAUAACAGAAAAAGCUGCAGGUGCGUCGAUAUUUUAUACACACAUAUGUGUAUAUUUUCUCAGUCGCAGACUCGAGGCACAAUGGGACAGUGUGGAAUUACGUCGUCGAAAACCGUCUUGGUUUUCCUCAACCUCAUAUUCUGGGCUGCAGCUGGAAUUUUGUGCUACAUCGGAGCCUAUGUGUUCAUCACGUAUGACGACUACGACCACUUCUUUGAAGAUGUGUACACUUUGAUCCCCGCCAUCAUAAUAAUAGGCGUCGGGACCCUCCUCUUCGUCAUCGGCUUGAUCGGCUGCUGUGCAACUAUACGUGAAAGCUCCUGUGGACUGGCAACUUUUGCAGCCAUUCUCCUGCUCGUAUUUGUUACAGAGUGUGUGGUGGUGGUGCUGGGCUACAUAUACAGGGCAAAGGUUGAAAAUGAGGUGAAUCACUCCAUCCAGAAGGUUUACAACGAGUACAAUGGCACCAACACUGAUGCCCCCAGCCGCGCUAUUGACUAUGUGCAGAGGCAGCUUCACUGCUGUGGCAUUCACAACUACUCUGACUGGAGGAACACCCGCUGGUUUAAAGAGUCCAAGAACAACAGUGUCCCGGUCAGCUGCUGUCAGCCCAGCAUCAGCAACUGUACUGGCACUCUCACUCGACCAUCAGAUCUCUACCAAGAGGGUUGUGAAGCUCUUGUUGUGAAGAAGUUAAAGGAGAUCAUGAUGUACGUCAUAUGGUCUGCAUUGACUUUUGCAUCUAUACAGAUGCUGGGAAUGCUCUGUGCCUGCGUGGUGCUGUGCAGGAGGAGUCACGACCCAGCAUAUGAGCUGCUGGUCACAACCAACAGCUACGCAUGAAGAACGAGGCCAGUCAAGCGAAGCACUCAGAAAAUCAAAAGGAGCGUCACCGGAUAUGUCCACAGUAGAUUUCGGCUGUAGUUAUAUAAGCUCAAGCACACCUUGCACAAUUCAUGAUAAAGUAGCGAACACUGACGAAGUGGUUUGGGUGGGGGUGGGGGCGGGGGCGGGGGCUUCAAGGCGAAAAAACAGUUAUUUAUUGACAUACAUUGUAAGUUACUGUUACUUUCUUCUCCUUUUUUCUCUCUUUACUAAUACUGAAAUACUUACAAAAGCCAAAGUUGUGUUUGGCUAAUUGACCUUUGUGAAGUUGAUGUUGAUUUUUAAAAAUGUUAUUCUUUUAGUCGUGGCCUCAUAAAGUUUGGGCACACACCCAGUGAGGAUGAAAUAAUUUGGAGCUUCGGUGUGAAUUACGUUUGGGAGCGUUGAGUGGAAUGUAUUUCCUUGUUAGCUAGUUUGCACUAUGGCUGGAGCUCUGAAGAUAUUCCACGGAUGUUAAAAAGAACAUGUACAGUAUUCCUAAUACCUUGGCUUGACCAGAUAUUGUCGAAAUGGAAAAACUUUUUACCAUAGAAAGAACUAACUCAAUGUUUUUAUCUUUCCUUACAGUGUUUUGUUUGUGUAGCACUUCUGCAGUUGAAAUUAUCAUUUGGUAGAAUGAGUUCUGCAUAUUCACAAAUAUUCAGGAUGUGAGUGAUGCAAAUCAUGUUUUGGUGAGACAUUCCUAAUAUAUAGCUUGUGAACCAACCUUUUAGUCUCCAGUGCUGUUAGUUGGAGUGUUAUCAGUGUUACCUGAAGACGUGUGAUUCAGUUUGUUACAGCCAGAGGAUUCCUUCUGUUUAGUUUGUUAGUUAGGAACCUGCUAUAAAGAAAUAUGAGACAUUGUUUUAUACAUUUUGUGAAAUUGGGCUCUGUUUCAAUAUUUUUGAGCUGUUAAGUUGACCCCUUAAAUAUUUAGCUAGUGCCGAGAUAAAGACAAAAAAAAAAGACCAACAAAAUUGUGUAUAAACGGGAAAAGAGACAGGGGACAAAUAAACUCAUACAUUUUAA